GCCCGAAAUCACUGUUGUCUUUCUUACUUGCACAACAAGACAAUAAAACAAAUAAAAAUGCCUCCAAGUCACAGUUAAUUCAUAAGGUCGGGUUGAACAAGUCAGCUAUGAUCACAGAUCUCAAAAAUUUUCCCUUCCAUCUGACUAUCUGAGUCAUGAAGAUUGAACCAUUGCCAACGUCUUUGAUGGAGAAGGGUGCUGCAAUUGCAUACUUUGAUACGGAUCAUCCAUUUGACACUACCAGCUUGACCCACACCUUGUCGAUUCCUCUCUCUCUCUCUCUCUCUCUCUCUCUCUCUGCUAGCACACAGUAGGCUCCUCUCUUUGUUACAUCACUCACAACAACAUCAUUACAGCUUUGAUCAGAGCUGCAAUAAGAGAGGCCGGUUCACUCAUAAUGAAACACUCAGGAGGGGUGCUUCGCCUUUCUGUCUGGCCUGGGACUGCAUUGCUAUAGCUUGAUUACUACAACCGGACAUCCAAUUCAACCCCACGAAUGCAGCGAGGAAUAACCCCAACAUCUCAGAGGGAUGGAAGGAAAGAGGAACGAAGACAGGCUAGUUCUUUCUUGAUUUCUUGUCAGUAUUUUAGAAACUCUGUAACAAGUACUCGUUCUUCUUCACUCUGAUCAUUACAUAGCCAAAAACCCAGAUGUAGCUUCCGCUUCUUCAGAAAAAAUGGAGGAAGUUGUGGCUUGACAACGAAAAUCCUUUAACUUCUUCGGGAAAAAAUGACAAGAUGGAGAUGAUAGAUAUAACAGAUGAAUCCGAAGAAGGCUGCUAUGAGUUUGUUUUGAACCUUACCAUCAACGAGGCCAAGAUCAUCAACAAUACCACCACCACCAGUUCCUCAUCAGUUGCUGCAUAUAACUGGAUACCUUACCAGAUUUACUAUGUGGUUGCCUGGAUUUCACCGGAAAAUAUUAUAGAGACUCCUCUUAAGGUUGCCGCUCCAAAUCCUUCAUGGGACUUGAGCUAUGACAUUCUAGUUGAUGAACCCAUCUCUAUUGCAUCCUUAAAGCUGGAAGUUGUAAGGGUUGGUUUCCAAGGUGAAAUUGGAACUUCGACAGGCCAGGUUGUCGUGGGUAGAGCUCAGAUCCCCUUAUCAAAAACCUUGAAAAAAAGAGUCCGAGGAUUUAUCGAUCUAGUGAAGUUUGAUGGAACUGAGUGUUGCUUCCAAGGAUCGAUUGAAGUCUACCUGGAACUGGAAAACAGAAGGCAGCCACGGUCGCCACCACCACCCAUGUAUAGGUCACUGCAGCUAGCAGAAACAGGUAUUGAGGGCAUUAGGGAAAUCAUUGAAAUUAUUGAGGAGCCUCAGGACUAUAUCCAAGGAGAUGAUAGGAUGAGAAGGAGAAGGGGAGGUCCAAAGAAUUGAACCAGCUUCUGCAAGUUCAUCGAUCAAUACCGUUUCUAAAAAUUCAAGAACAUGCAUGAGUUGGUUAAUUUGUUAACUUCAUUAAUUUCAGUUAUGUACUUAACUAUGCUGUUAUAUAGCUGCUAGAGUUAUUGUUAACUUCAUUAAUAAUUUCAGUUUUGUUUGUGCAUGCAUGAGUUAUCAUGACAUUAUUAAUAGUAUGUAGUACUUGAGGGAUUUGUUG